UGCCUUAACAGAAAGAUGAAAGAUCACAUCUGUCUUGAAUUUCCAAGAGACUGCUUCAAAAGUGUGUUUAGGUUUCAACUUGAGCUACCCAUGUCUGUUUUCAAGAGGUUUUGGAGUGGAGUGGAAAGGAGUAGCAGUAAAUCAAAAUCUGAAGUUGUUGAUGAGAUAGCUGAAUAUCAACCUUAUAAUCCAUUCACAGAACUUUUGUUUCUUGAGCAGCACAAUGAUAUUGUACGACUACUUCUUAGGAUAGACUCGAAAAGAUGUGUUUCUGCUGCUGACGACAAUUUAGCCGUUGUUUGGGAUAUACAGUUCGGGUAUAAGCUGGUAACAUUGAGUGGGCAUACAAGGCCUAUUACAUGCAUGCUUAAUCUGUGUAAAAGGGGAGAUAAUCAACAACAGAUAGUAACAGGGUCUUCUGAUAAACAAAUUCGGAUUUGGAAUAUUGAUACAGGUGAUUGUUUGAAUGUGUUGACUCAACAUGAAUCUUCAGUCAAGUGUUUACUGUCAUUUGGAGGAGAUGGGUGUUUUUGUUCCGGUGGUGAAAUUUUAUGUCUAUGGUCUAGGAAAGGUGACCUUCUGGCUUCUUACAAGUGCGACGAAACUGAAAGUGAUAUAAUUAAGAUGAUCGCGAUAAGAAAUGAUAGAAUUGUUGCGUCUAUGGAUAAAUAUCUAGUUGUUUAUACAAUAAAGCAAGUGCAGGGAGAAGAAGCAGAAAUUUCCCUUGUGAAGAAAUUACCCCCACAUAGAGAACCAGUGAGGUGUCUCAUCAACAUGGCAGAUGACAUAUUUGCCAGUGCCUCUCUAGAUGGAACUGUUAAGUUAUGGAAAACAGAUAGUUUACUAUCAUACCGGUAUUUUAACUCGGAGAAUGAAGAGUACCAGGGCGCUGAAAAGACUUUCCCAUACAGCGUAGAUACUAUGCUAUGUUUAAAAAAUAGAUAUAUUGUAGCUAGCAUUGGUUCCGGAUUCACUAUAUAUGACAUAGAGACAGGUCAAACUGUGUUAAGAAAAGAGCAUGCCCACCAUUCCAAAAUUAACGAUAUAACCUUUACAUGUGAAGGGUUGUAUUUGGCAACAGCAGCAGUGGAUGGAUCUAUAAGACUGUGGAGUUUUGUAGAUGUAAUUAAAGACACUAUACAGGGAAACUCUGCAUCUCAUAAACAUGGGAAUACAAGCUCAAGAAUGCUUGAGAAAUGGUUAUCUGUGGAAAGUAAGAUGUCAUUAGUGGGAGAAUGUUUGGCUCAUUCCGGACCUGUCCAGGUGCUGCUUGAUUGUGAUGAUGAAAGUAUUGUGUCUUGUGGGGUUGAUGGACUUGUUAUUGUAUGGAAGAAUGAGAAUGUGCAGAUGAUAAAACGAAAUCAUGUCAUACAAACAAUGAUGAUGUGUGAUGGAAUUGUGUGACCGUAAAAAAAAAUCAGACGGUCAAAAAAUCAAAAGGUCAAAAAAUCAAAGAUUAAAGAGAAGCUGUCACUAUAGAAACAUGAGAGAUUCAUUACAUAUCAUUAAGAUGUUGUGUCUGUUUUGAAACAUGUGCUACAUAUUGGAAUGACUAUUGAACUAGUGAUCUGACUUCUAGCUUACUGUGAUUGCUCUUAGACUGAUAAGAUACAUGUACUGCAAUAACUUGAGCUUACUACAGCCAACACCAAAAUACAGCAGUCAUUUUGGCUAACUACCAUUGGUUGCUACAGCCAACUCCAUAUACAGCAGUCACUUUGACUUACUACAGUCAACACCAUGAUAAUGCAGUCAUUUUAGCCAACUACAGCUGUCACUUUAGCUUACUACAACCAACACCAAAGUACAGCAGUCACUUUGACUUGCUACAGCCAACAUCAUAAUACAGAAGUCACUUUUGGUUGCUACAGCCAACUCCAUAUACAGCAGUCACUUUGACUAAUUACAGCCUAGUCCAAAAUACACCAGUCACUUUGGCACCAAAAUACACCAGUCACUUUGACACCAAAAUACAGCAGUCAUUUUAGCCAACUACAGCAGUCACUUUGACUUGCUACAGCCAACACCAAAAUACAGCAGUCACUUUGGCUUAUAACAGUCAACACUAAAAUACAGCAGUCACUUUGGCUUAUUACAGCCAACACCAAAAUACAGCAGUCACUUUGGCUUAUUACAGCCAACACCAAAAUACAGCAGUCACUUUGGCUUUUUACAGCCAAUAUCAAAAUACAGCAGUCACUUUGGCUUUUUACAGCCAACACCAAAAUACAGCAGUUACUUUGGCUUAUUACAGCCAACAUAAAAAAACAGCAGUUACUUUGGCUUAAUACAGCCAACACUUAAAUACAGCUGUCACAUUGGCUUCAUACAGUCAACACCAAUAUUCAGCAAUCCAUUUGACUUACUGCACUCAAUUCCAAAAUACAACUGUCACUUUGGCGUAUUACAUUCCAUACCAAAAAUUAGCAGUCACUUUGGCUUACAACAGUCACAAAUAAAAUACAGCAGUCACUCUGGCUUGUUACAGUCAGCACCAAAAUACAACUUGCCAAAAUACAGUUGAAACUUUGGUAUACAGUUUUUCAUUUUGGUCAACUUAAGUCAACACAAACAUUAACAAUUUGGCUAAGUAAAGGCAAUUGCAAAUAUAUAGUUGUCUCUCGGACUUAUUACAGUUGACACACAAUACUGGAGCCACUUUGACUUUUUAGUCAAAGCUAAAAUACAGUAAAGGCUUACUGUAACUUCUUGUUCAUGAAUCAGGAAAGAAUUGAGAUAUUCUGGUAGUGGACAAGUUUUUACAAUGUUAUAAGGAUUUAAGAGAGAAUAAACCUAGAGUGCAAUAUGGACAUACCCUUAUCUAACUUUAUGAAUGGUUGAAAAAAAACAACAGUAAACCUAUAGUGCAAUAUGGAAAGGUCCUUAUUUAAUGUUAUAUAUGUAAGAAUAAGAAAAAUUGACACUAAGUUCUACUAAGCAUUUAUUUUUUAUCUGUGAUAUAUUACUUUCUUGUUAAUUUCUUGUCUUAUUUUGUCCUGUUAUAUAAAGAUUUAUUGUUGUAUUAAAGUCAUUGAAAUAAAAAUGGUUGAGAUGUUUUGAAAAGUUUGAACAUGUUUGUAAUGUUGAAUGAUAUCCUAACAUAUGGAGUGUUUAGUAUGUGAGGUGAAACUCAGUAAAAACUAGUCAAGUUUUAUG